CUAGGCGGCAUCAGUGUCAAAGAUUGCGUCGAGAGGUCCUCCUGCGGAACCAAAAAACACACGACAUUUUCCGGUCACAUUUGUCAGAGGGACAACAAAAUGUACGCGUAACCAACUCAAACGGCACUCAUAAAACGUACUCCUUUGCCAACUUCAGAUAUAAUCUUCGUACUUUGAGUCGAGAGUGACAAAAAGUCGAAAUGAGACCACACGUAUCUGUGCUUCGCCUCCCGAGAGGACCUGAUCCGAAUGGCCGCGGAUUCGACCCGAACUCACCCCGUUUCAUCGCGCUGUGUCCAACUACUAUUUCAGCUUCGACUGAAACAGGGACCGACUCAGUCCAAAUUAGAGAAGAGCAGCGUGCACGGUCGGUUUUGAGAGAAAGCUUCCUGAGAACGCUCAUAGCCAUGACCAACAAGCAGGUGCAAUUCCACAUGUACGAGAGAGUCAAGGUUGAGGCCAAGUUUGGAGCUUCGGACAUUGACGUGCUCAACUUCCAAGUUUCAGAACUGCAUACCCCCAUUGGGGUGCAGAAAGAAGCUCUGCUCAGAUGUCAGGAUGUCAUUUCAUAUUCCUUUGAUCUCUGAACAGUGCUGUUCACCAAUUUGUGCUGUUCACUUAAUUAUGAUGUUUUUGAACAGAUGUCCAAGAAAUCCGAUUUGAAAUGUUAUUUUUAAUAUGAUUUCGUUUCACAUACAGGGUGUUUUUGGGGGAGUCUGAUAACUGUUCCAUUGCUACACAGGGUGUUCUGUCUGGCUGAAUAUGUAGCAAGCUGUUUCCAUGUAUUAUUCUGUUACUUUGAGUAUGAGGGAGACUUGCCAUUGCCAUAUGUUGUUUUUUUAUGUGGCCAGCCAGGUAUUGAGAACACUGAUAUACAGUCUAUGAUUAGAUUUUUUUUCAUUGUUUCCAAUUCAUUGUACCUCCACUUGAGGGCGCUGUCGGCACUGUCUUUGCAACAGACAUGUCAGGGGGCUCUUAUACCACCAGGUUAUCUGACACUCAGCAGUUCUCGGCUGUCCAGUCCAUUUCAUUAGGAAGAAACAAGGACGCAUGUCUGCAGGUGGAAUUUGAAUUGAAUUGUCUCUCAACCUGAAAAUCUUGGCAUUGUUCCUUGAGUAUAGGACAAUGUGGUUCUUGUCUUGUUCCUUCUGAUAAGAUCUGUUGCUGAGAUAUGUUUGUUUACCACUGAAGCCUAUUACAUUGUCAACGGGCAUAUAUGCACUUUGUUUUUUUCUACUUUGAAUAAACAUUUUGUCACUUG